GCAUGUGCAACAAAUAACUUCAUUAUAAUACUCCCAUUCCCAAUUAAACAAAUCAACCACUACUAUAAACACUGGGGAGUGGGGAAGAAGAAUUCACCUUUGCCAAGUGCCAAAACGACAUGGGUGGCAACGGGAAACGCAGGUGGAAAAUCUUUCACCGUUCCUCCAACCUCGACCCCAAGCUCCCUCCCAAGGAGUUCACGUGCCCCAUCACCGGCUGCUUAAUGUCCGACCCUGUCGUCGUAGCUUCGGGCCAAACCUUCGAGCGCCUCGCCGUCCAGCUCUGCCACGACCUUAAAUUCUCCCCGAACCUCCACGACGGGACCCGACCCGAUUUCUCAACCCUCAUCCCGAACCUCGCCCUCAAAACCACAAUCCUCAACUGGUGCCGCACCUCCCGCACCGAGCACCCGCCCGCACCGGAUCACGCCUCCGUCGAACGCCGAAUUAGAGAAGCCAUGGAAAAAGACCAAACAACUAGGGUUUCCGAUGAGGAACUCCUCAACGCCGUCGCGGACACUCCCCCGCGCGUAUUCUCCCACGCCGCCACCGAGUUAGGCCCCCGAGUCAACCACUUCAACUCGGCCUCGUCCUCCGAGGAAUCCGUCAUAAUCCCUCCGAGUCCGGGAACGCCGUUGCCGUUAACGAUUCGUCCCACGUGUUUCUCCUCUUCCUCCUCGGGCGAGAUCGAAAUCGAAAACCCUAGCGCGCCGGCAUCGGAAGAAGAGGAAUCAAUAUUGAAGAAUCUAAAGAGCAGCGCGGUGUUUGAGCAAGAAGAGGGAGUCAUCGCGCUGAGGAAGGUCACGCGGAGCAACGAGGAGGUUAGGGUUUCGCUCUGCACGCCGCGCGUGCUGUUGGCGCUUCGUGGUUUAAUUGCGUCGCGAUACGGCGUCGUUCAGGUCAACGCGGUGGCGUCGCUGGUCAACCUUUCGCUGGAGAAGCAGAACAAGGUGAGAAUCGUGAGGUCGGGGUUUGUUCCCUUACUCGUGGAUGUUUUGAAGGAGGGAUUGGGUGAGUCGCAGGAACACGCUGCGGGCGCGCUUUUUAGUUUAGCGUUGAAUGAUGACAACAAAAUGGCGAUUGGCGUUCUCGGCGCGUUGCAGCCCUUGAUGCACGCGCUGCGUGCCGAGUCCGAGCGGACUCGCCACGACUCGGCGCUUGCGCUGUACCAUUUGAGUCUGGUUCAGAGCAACCGGGUUAAGUUGGUGAAACUCGGCGUCAUUCCGACGCUGCUCUCGAUGGUGGCCGCGGGGGACUUGGCGGGGCCGGUGCUGCUCAUUCUCUGCAACCUGGCCGUGUGCACGGAGGGGCGCACGGCGAUGCUGGACGCCAACGCGGUGGAGUGUUUGGUGGGGCUUCUGAGGGGGAACGAGUUGGACUCGGUGGCCACUCGGGAGAAUUGCGUGGCGGCGCUGUACGCGCUGAGUCACCGGAGCUUGAGGUUCAAGGGGUUGGCGAAGGACGCGAGGGUGGUGGAGGUUUUGAAGGAGGUGGAAGAAACGGGCACGGAGAGGGCCAGGGAGAAGGCGAGGAAGGUGUUGUACGUGUUGAGGACUGUGGUAGAUGGAGACGGUGAUGAGGGUGACGAGUUUUUCGAAUCGGCCGGAUUGACUCGGAAUCGGUACCGAGUCGGUCCUGCCAGGAGUCACAACCUGGUCAACACGACCACGUUUUAGGUUCUCUUUCUUGUUUAAUUUUUCUACUGUUUACAGAUUUGUUGGUUGAGAUUCAGUUGGAGAAAUGAAAAGGGUUACAUUUGUUGAUACGAUGAAAUGAGGUGGCGAUCUCAUUCUCAAGCUUACUAUUCUGUUGCUUUCUUUGAAAUUUUAUUUUUUGUUGUUUUGUUCUUGGGUGUUACAGUCUGUAUCUAAUUAUCAGGGUUUAGUUGAGGUAAUGUGUACAUAAUUAUACUUAACACUAGUUUAUUUGUGGAUUGGUUGUUUAUAUAUAAACUAAGAGGGCCAACAGCAGUUUCUGUUUCCUUCCCUCGUUAAGCACAUUGCAUGCCAUAUGUAUGAGUUUACAUUUCAAAAUUCAUAUGUCAAUAAACAUGCAAAUUAAAACUUA